GCAGAGGCAGACGGGGAAGGGAGGCCGGGUGAGUUUGGAUCUGACCGCUUUCCAUUAGCAGGUAAACUGGGGUCCAACGUGCGCACUGAGCCGCCUAUGAUACCAACCACACGGAUGGAAAGAACUUUGAUGUGGAAUCCUCACAGAGUUUUGCAGCGGAGGCUGAGAGUAGAGACAGACUGGCAGUUUAUAUUAUAACUUACAGAAGUAGAUCAGAGAGACAGAGCAGCUGCUGCCACUCAUUGUAGGUCAGAAACACUCAAAGCAGGAGGACGACAGGUAGAGCGGCGCGUUUAGGAGCACGAUUCAUUGACCCUCUGGAGGCGAGUCUGUGGAGGAAGAUGUCCAGAGAGGAGCAGAGCUUCUCGGAGGUCGAGUCCGACGACAGCCGGUCCCUGUCGCCGGGUCACUCCUCCGGCGCGGCGGGCGGGAGCGACUCUCCCCUCCGCGUGCAGCAGCCGACGCUGGCGGCGCUGCACGACGACGCGUCCGCGGGCUGCUCGUCCGUGAGGUCCGAGGACGAGGACGAGCGCUUCCCCGCUGGCAUCCGCGACGCGGUGAGCCAGGUGCUCAACUGCUACGACUGGACCAUCGUGCCCGUGCCCGUGCGCGUGAACGCGGGCAGCAAGAGCAAGUCGCACGUGAAGAGGCCGAUGAACGCCUUCAUGGUGUGGGCGCAGGCGGCGCGGAGGAAGCUGGCGGACCAACACCCCCACCUGCACAACGCCGAGCUCAGCAAGACCCUGGGGAAGCUGUGGAGGCUUCUCAAUGAGAGCGACAAGCGACCCUUCAUCGAGGAGGCAGAGAGGCUGAGGAAGCAACACAAGAAGGACUACCCGGACUACAAAUACCAGCCGCGGCGCCGCAAAAAUGGAAAGCCCGGUUCCAGUUCAGGAAGUGAGGGCGACGGCCAUUUGGAGGGUGAGGUCAGCCACAACCAGUCCCACUACAAGGUUCUCCACCUGGAAGUGGUCCGCAGUGGGGGAGCCGGGUCCCUUCUGGCAGAUGAGCACCACCCUCAUACUGCAGGUCAGAGCCACAGUCCUCCCACGCCUCCCACCACUCCUAAAACCGAGUCUCAGUCUGGGAAGUCAGGGGAAGGUAAGAGGGAGUGCGCUGGGAAUGGGGGGUCCCGUGGACCUCAAGGAGCAGAAGCAGGUUCAGGUACAUCUGGAUCUGGAAAACCUCAUAUAGACUUUGGUAAUGUGGACAUUGGUGAGAUGAGCCAUGAGGUGAUGGCCAACAUGGAGCCUUUCGAUGUCAAUGAGUUUGACCAGUACCUUCCCCCGAAUGGGCACCCAGGGGUUGGGCAGAUUGGCGGGACAGGAGGGGCUGCAGCAGCCUCUCCCUACACUUACGGCAUCUCAUCAGCUCUGGCGGCGGCCAGCGGACACUCAGCAGCCUGGCUCUCCAAGCAGCAGCCGCAGCAGCACCACGGCUCCCCUUUGGGCUCGGACUCUUCCAAGGCACAAAUCAAGAGCGAGACUGCGGGUGCUGGGGGUCACUUUGCAGAAGCAGCCUCGGCUGGUACUCACGUCACCUAUACCCCUCUCAGCCUGCCUCACUACAGCUCUGCCUUCCCCUCACUGGCCUCACGGGCUCAGUUUGCAGAAUAUGCCGAGCACCAUGCCUCCGGGUCGUACUACGGCCACUCCAGCCAGGCCUCAGGGCUGUAUUCAGCCUUCUCCUACACAGGGCCUUCCCAGAGGCCCCUCUACACUGCCAUCACUGACCCAGCCAGUGUGUCACAAUCGCACAGCCCCACACACUGGGAGCAGCCCGUCUACACCACACUGUCGCGGCCAUGACAGACAACGAGACCAGAGGGCACCGCUGCAGGUUCAGCCCCAGAGUCAGACCAGAGGAGGAGCUGCAGCU